CAAAGCGGCGUGUUGUCAGCGUUUGUGUGUUGUCAGCGUUUGUGUGUGUCGGUGUGUGUCGGUGCUGCAGCGGAGGACUGAUGAAGAACCGGAGGGUCUGACAGGAGAACAGCAAAGAGGCUCCGUGAGUCCGCGGUGAUGGAUGCAGAGAGCGGCGAGCUGUUCCUCGGCACCGUGGCGACCGGCAGCUGGCAGCUCGAUGCUCCGUUCUCCUGCUCCGAGCUCGUCUUCAGCGGAUCUGACAAACCCCUGCAGGACUGGGCAGUAGACCCUGACUCUACGCUCCACGACAGCGACUCAGAGGACGUACUCCAUGGCGUCGAUCCAAACGAGGUGUUUCCCAGCGGGCCGCCUGCCGACCUGUCAUCAGAGAGCGAUAGCGGCAUGUCCGAGGAGCCAGUCAUCGAGAGUCCUGUCACCAUGGUGACCACAGCGACCAACCAGCCGGCUCUGGCGACCGUCUACCAGGUGGUUUAUGACAUCAACGGGGUGGGUGGAGCCAAGACUGACGCCGGACAGGAGAACGUCAUCGCCAUCGAGCUCGAUGAAUGGAGCUCUCAGGUGCUGCUCUCGGACUCGUGCAUCGUGAACGAGCUGCCGGUUUUAGCAGCACGUCAAGUUGCCGUCGACCCUCUCAGCCCAGACGGAGACCUGCCGGAUCUCCAGCUGACUGAGGAGGAGCAGAAGCUGCUGACUCAGGAGGGAGUUUCUCUACCCAGCAACCUUCCUCUCACCAAGGCUGAGGAACGGAUCCUGAAGAAAGUUCGCAGGAAAAUCCGCAACAAGCAGUCUGCUCAGGACAGCCGACGGAGGAGGAAGGAGUACAUCGACGGGCUGGAGAGCAGGGCGGCAGCGUGUUCGGCACAGAACAAAGAGCUGCAGAGGACGGUGGAGCAGUUGGAGAAACACAACAUGUCUCUGUUGGCUCAACUGCGACAGCUUCAGUCUCUGAUCAAACAGACGGUCAGCAAAGGAGCCCAGACCAGCACCUGCUUACUGAUCAUCCUGGUGUCUCUGGGUCUCAUCAUCCUGCCCAGUUUCAGCCCGUUCAGACGCGACCCGACUGGAGACGCUGACUACAGACCCACAGGAGUUAUUUCCAGGAACAUCCUGACUGAGCCGGUGUCUUCGCAGCCGAUGGCAGAAGAACUCGAUGGUCCGGCAGUCCGAUCCGACUCCUUAUCUCCGUCUUCGGAUCUCAGCCAAUCAAGACCUCCGGAGGGCAACGUCAUCCUCCAAGAACCAACAGAAAACUCUGAAAAUUCAGCCACUGAUGGCGCGGCCCUUGGAGCGAGCCAAUCAGGAAACAUCUCGGUUGUUGUUUCCGGGCGGACUGAAGUGGCGGCUCGAAAAGGAAGCCAUGACCCGGGAAAACCUGCGCAUGCCGAUGAGAUGUAGAUGAACUGUCUGAAUGAUGAUAAGUGGACAUUUUGUUCUUAUGAACAUGAAGUCAGGACGCAUUAGUAGCUGCUAAAGUAGGAAUACUCUGAUUGCCCAGUGCUGAUCAGUAUUGGCAGAUAUCUCUUGGAAAGAGUUCAGUGAUGGCGGUCUGAAAAGGUUCUGAAGUGUUUCUACAUAAAAAUAAGUUUCUCUAACUUGGUUUUAUCUGUUCAAGUAAGUUCUUUAAUCCAGAUAUGAGAGUGGCAUUGGAAAGUCUGUGUAAUAAUCAAUAGUCAGCCUUAAGUAGCCCAAAAAUAAGAUGACACAUCAAGUUCACAAUCGUGUCUUAUUUAUUAGCGCCUUAUUUCGGCCUGACGAACACUUUCUGUUUAUGAGGUACAAAAGUAAAGACAACAACACAAAGAAAGAGUUAGUUUGUUGUUCUGGUAAUUUGUCCAAAACUGCAGCCAAUGUUCACACCCAGAAAAGAGGACAUGAUUUGUCCAAAUAGACAAAUAUAUCCAGGGACUUGAGGCCGAUGAUGCCGCCUGCCUUUGUUUCUGGUAAAGUUUCAGAAAAUGUUUCAUCUGUCUGUUCCGCCUUUGAGGCCUGUUGUCUCUGUUUGACCUAAACAGACUCGAGUCAAUCCUCUAAACUCCAAAACCCGCUGGCGGGUAUGACAGGUAUGGUAUCCUAAAGAAAUUGCCCAAAUAUCAGCAUGUGUGAGCCAGAGACUUUAAAAACAGAAAAAACAAGUUGGAUUUUCAGUUUUGGUCCAUAAACUAAUAAUGUGUGACGUGCAGCUGCAUCAGGAAAAUGAACCAAAUCUAAGCUAAAAGUCAUAUUUCAUCCAAAUCACUCUAUUCUGCAUCUCAUUUGAACAUUUGCCAAAAAUACACAGUUUUUCUAAUAAAAUGAUGUUAAAAAAAGAAAAAUCUAAAUAAAUUCUGCAUUCCUCAGAACAACUGAUUCUA